UUUUGUUUAUCACAAUCUUUGUGGUGAAUUCUGUGGCACAUGUUGUUCAUUUGAAAUUCGAAUAGUCCACCAUAUACACACAAUAAUCGCCAGUCGACGUCUGAAAUCCAUGAUGCACACACCCCGCCUGUCGAAUAUUAAGCGGGCGUCGGUGCUCCUCGUCGCCGCCCUGCUGCUCUAUGUCUUCGUCUUCUCCAGUGGCUAUCAGAAGUACCAGAUCGAGGGCAUUAUCAAGCGGAGUCAACCGGAAAAGGUCUGGGAGUAUGUGGCGGAUUUUAACAAGAUGCGGCUGCUCAAUCCCACCAUUUUAAACUUCAAGAUCCUCGCUGAUCAUGGCCACGCCCACGACUGGCGCUACACGGUGCAAUACACAGAGAGACUAUCCCAUUGGCCGUACUGGCUGAAUACGGCCACGGCCAAGUACGUGGUCACCAAGUCAAUGCCCGGAGUAUCGCCCGUGGCCUAUGCCAUCAAGUCCACGCAUCAGACCUGCUUCUUUGCCGGAUUCUACUGCCUACAAUCACUGAGUGAGUUCACGUUCAGGAACUCGAAUGGUGAUACCCUGGCCCAGGAGAACAUACAGUAUCAGUGUCCACCACUCUUGGGCGGCAUGUGCAGGCGGGAACUGGAGUUCCAGCGCCAGGCGGUGAUGCACAACUUAACGAUAAUAUUCGGAAAACAGAGAGGAUAGCAUGCAAGGACCUAAUUGACUUACCUAACAAAUAUCUUAAUUGCUAAUAAAACACACAACACUUCAUUUUUAAAUGUUAA